AUGGAGGCAAAUUUUGCACCAAGAAUGCAAAUUUCGACAACGUGGAUUGAUGCACACAAAUUUGCAAGAAAACCCUCUAGUUUCCUGCGGUUUUCGGGGAGAUUAAGGGAACAGAAGAGACUCCAAGUGUUUGUUUCUGCUCAGUUUCGGCCUGUAAGAGAUGAAAAUCGACAUAGCUUGGAUUCUUUUGAGGUUUCUUGUUCUUAUAACAAUUCUCAAGUUUCAACGUUGGAAUCCGAAAGCCUUCAGGAUUUGUUUGACGAUGAAGCUUUGAUUUUGAAGAAUAAGUCACAAGAGAUUGAGCCCUAUUUAAAUGGACGUUGUAUAUAUCUUGUUGGGAUGAUGGGCUCUGGAAAAACCACGGUGGGAAAGAUUCUCUCACAAGCAAUUCAUUAUUCAUUCUGUGACAGUGACACAUUGGUGGAGAAGGAUGUUGGUAUGACUUCUGUAGCUGAAAUAUUUGAAAAACAUGGAGAAGGUUUCUUCAGAGAUAAAGAGACUGAGGCAUUAGAAAAGCUAUCAAUAGAGCACCGAUAUGUUGUUUCUACUGGUGGAGGUGCUGUCAUACGGGAUGAAAACUGGAUGUACAUGAGGAAGGGGAUUAGUGUCUGGUUGGAUGUACCUUUGGAAGAACUGGCACAGAGGAUCAUGGCUGUAGGAACCAAGUCUCGCCCCCUUUUGGAUAAUGAACAAGGAGAUGCAUACACCAAGGCAUUCAGACGUCUGUCUGCUCUAUUUGAGAAGAGACAUAAAGCUUAUGAAAAUGCUGAUGCAAGGAUCCCUGCUUCAGUUCAUUCACCAAUGCAAGUGAAUCACUUUCAAAGACCACAUCUUCAACCCGCAUUUCUAGAGCAAAAUCUCGGAACCCAUAACAAUGCUGUAGCUUCUAAAGAGACUACAUCUAUUGGAGCAUUUGAAGCACAAGCCUCUUGA